CAUCUUUUCAAUUAAAAGUAAGGCUUCUCUCUUUCACUCUAUGAGUUUUCCACUUUCUACCCUCUUCAUAUUCCUUCCUUUGAAUUCAAUCCGUUCAAACUUGGUUUUUAGUUAUUCAAACUGGCCCAUAGAUUUUUCUGAGAACCCCAGAAAAACAAGAAACCCACCAGUAUAUUAAUAUAUAAUAAUAUGUGUGUGUGUGUGCAUAUAUAAAGUUACUGAUGAGGUAGGUUUUUCUUUUUGGCCUUUGUUUUUCUUCAAGUUUCUGCGGCAACCCUCUUCUAUUUUUCCUCUCUUUCUGCACAAAUCUGGAUCUGAUUAUAGAAGUACUUCUUUCUAAGCUAUUGUUGAUUUGUAGCAAGUUUUAAUCUUGCACUUGGAAUUUAUUGGAGCUAUUACAGUGGAGAGAGAGGGAAACUGUUGAAUUACUAUAAAAGUAGUGUGCCGCAUUAGGGCAACUCUGGAUUUGAAGAAAACUGUUUAUAUUUUCUUAUAGAUCUUCAUUUGUAUAGGUAAUUUUUUUUUUUUUUUUGCUUUUUGGUUGUUUAUUUCUGAGCUUGAAGAAAAGAUAUAUACUGGCAAUGGCUGGGUUAGAGCCAGGUUCAAAUUCUCGCUAUGUUCACCACCUUCUGCAGCUUCAAAACCAGACGGAUUCUCAAGAAUCACCGCCGCAAGAACAAAGAAGCAAUCAUGACUCUGAUGCAGCCGCCACCAGUUCAGGCAGAGGAGGCUCUUCUUCCGGCCGCAGACCCCGUGGACGUCCAGCUGGUUCGAAGAACAAGCCCAAGCCACCAAUUAUCAUAAUUCGGGACAGUCCAAAUGCGCUUAGAUCUCACGUUCUUGAAAUUUCAGCCGGCUCAGACAUAGUGGAUUCUGUGUCAAACUUCGCCCGGCGCCUGGGGAGAGGGGUUUGUGUCCUCAGCGGAACGGGGACGGUUACUAAUGUGACGUUGAAGCAGCCGGCCGGCCCAUCUGGGGGUGUCAUUACACUACAUGGGCAGUUUGACAUUUUGUCCCUCACGGGAACUUCACUGCCACCGCCAGCGCCACCGGGAGCGGGCGGCUUGACGAUAUAUCUGGCGGGUGGACAGGGACAGGUGGUGGGAGGGAGGGUAGUGGGGCCUUUGACUGCUUCAGGCCCGGUGGUUUUGAUAGCGGCAACAUUUGCAAACGCAGUGUAUGAUAGGUUACCACUGGAGGAAGAUGAAUCACCUGGACAAGUUCAACCUGCGGCCUCUCAGUCAUCUGGAGUGACAGGCGCUGGAGGGCAAUUUGGCGACGGAGGAAACAAUUCCUGCGGUGGAGGGAGAGGCGUUCCUUUCUAUAAUUUGGGAGUGAAUAUGGGAAAUAAUUAUCCUCCUCUCCCUGGUGAUGGUUUUGGCUGGGGCAGUGGAACUGCAGCUGGUAAUACUACAAGGCCAACAUUCUAGCAAUAAGUUUGAAAGAAGGAGAAAUGACACUACUUGUCACUGAGAAAUACAGUACAGAUCAUAAAUUCCUCUAAAAUUAGAGCUAAAUGAAAAAAAAGAGGAAUGAAGAAGAUCCAUUUACGUAUAUAGGGCUUGAAGCUUCUGAAUCACUAAGUUUCAAAUUCAUAUGUACAAAUUAUUAUGAUAACAUUUUAAAUUUUGCUCUAUUUCUGUUGAUGAUCUAUAUAUAUAGCCUCUGCAUCAAUAAUUUCUUCUUCCACUAAGCUUUACGGAAGAAGAGGUAGGCAAGGAAAGUUCUAAUGUCCGUAAACUUCUAGCUGAUAAUAUUACUAACAAUGCUAUGUACAUAAUUCGUAUACACAAAUAAUAUAUCAUUAUAUGA